AUGAUUUCAUCGGGAAAUAGAGGUGGCGGAAGAGGAGGAGGACGUGGUGGUGGACGCGGAGGACGUGGUGGAAGUGGCCACACUGAAGGAGGAGGUAGUAGAGGUGGUGGAAGAGGAGGAGGCAGUGGUGGUGGACGAGGUGGACGAGGUGGUGGUGGAAGUGGCCAUCAGUUCUCCUCUCAACAAGCAUCAUCAAGUAGUAGUGGAGCAGGCCAACAACAAAGAUUUGGCUCCAGACCUCCAACAGCAUCAGAAGCAUCAAGCUCGUCCUCAUUUGGAAAUAGAAAUGCAUUGAGUAGUGUCAAGAUUACCUCAAGAUCUAUUGAUACCUUGCAAACACCAAAACAAGUCACUGGAGAAACUGGUGUUGUGACUUCGACUACUAUGGGCAAUGCAGGACAGCCUAUCAAAUUAUUAGCCAAUUACUUUACAUUACAGUUGCCAGAAGGCUCUUUCUGCCAAUACGACGUCAAAAUUUCUCCAGAUUUAGACAACAAGAGAACAUGCUCCGCGUUAAUGCGAGAUGUAUUGAAAGGUGUCAUCUAUGUAUAUGACGGCCAUAAGGUUCUCUACACAAAAACACCUCUCACCAAGUUGACCACAGAAAAGGUUGAAAAAUCUAUUAAGCACCAAGAUGUUACUUAUUCAUUCAAAAUCACCUUCACACGAUCUCUCUCAGGUGCUGAUAUUCAUCCUUCUGUUUUACAACUUUUCAACAACAUUUUCAGAAAAGCGCAAAAGGCUUUGAAUUUCCAACAAAUUGGAAGAUUUUUCUACAAUGACAGUGACGAAGUCGUUGUAUAUGUGCCUGAACAUAAUGUCAAGAUUUUACCUGGCUCCAUUUCCACCACGUACAUCAGUAAUAAGGGAAUUCUCUUUAACGUCGACAUUAUCUAUAAGACUCUUAGAACAGACACUGUGUUGCAUAUGAUACAAGAUCUCGAGAACAAGUUUGGCCAAGGUAAUCCACGAGUCAGGAAUGAUUUGAAGAACACGAUCGUGCUUUGCUCCUAUAAUCACAGAACAGUGCACAUUGAUGAUGUGGAUUAUUCAAUAACUCCACGCAGCACAUUUAAAAAGAAAUCUGGAGAAAGCAUUUCAUAUGUGGACUACUACAAGCAGCAAUAUGGCAUCACCAUUAAGGAUCACAAACAACCGUUGUUACUUCACAGAGAUAGAAAGGAUCGCUCAAGAAUUGAGUACUAUGUUCCAGAAUUAUGUCUCAUGACUGGUAUUACUGAUGAGAUGCGAAAGAACUUUAAGGCUAUGAAAGCCAUUAAACAAGCCACUGGCUUGUCUCCAAACGAAAGAAUUCGGCAAAUUGUCAAGUCCAUUCAAGAGAGCAACCAGAAUACUAACUUCCACUCUGUAUUAGAUGAAUGGAACAUUUCUGUAGACGAUAGGGUUCUUGAAAUCAAUGGUAGAAUUCUGCCCUAUGAAAAGUUGAAACUGGGUAACAAGAAGGAAAUCCCAUUACAAGGAACUACUUGGGACAUUCGUAAUGAUAUCUUGCUUAGACCGGUAAAAGUAGAGUCUUGGGUGCUAUUUUAUCCCAAAGGAAGUAUCAAGGACGUGGAAAACUUUUGUGAAAUCCUUUACGAAGUUUGUAAACCCAUUGGAGUACAAUUCAGCUCUCCCUUGAACUGUGAAAUUUCUGACACCAGAGAAAGAGGAUAUGAGAAUGAGAUUAGACAAUUUCUGGAAAAGAAUAAGAAUAAGCAGAUUCAAUUUUGUCUGAUCAUAUUGACCUCCGAUUCGAAAAUGACCUAUGAUGCAGUGAAGAAAGUGCUCGUCAAUGACUAUGGCAUUGUCAGCCAAUGCGUUAAGAAGUCAACCAUUUCGGAGCCAAAAGGAAUACACUCCAAGGCUACCAAGAUUGCAGUUCAAAUCAACUCUAAACUUGGAGGAGCUGCAUGGACUGUCGGCUUCUCCUUCCCUGGUCCCACCAUGAUCUGUGGAAUGGAUGUUUAUCACUCUGGUGAAAUUUAUACUAGAACCAAGGCCAGUUGCGUUGGUUUCGUUGCCAGUAUGGACAGUAGUAUCACCAAAUUCUAUACAAGAUGCAUUGUCCAGGAGGCAGGAAAGGAAAUUGUGAGCUCUCUUGCGCCAAUCAUUAAGAGUGCUAUGGAGAAAUUCAAAGAACUCAAUAAGGUCUAUCCUAAGAAUAUAAUAUUCUAUCGAGAUGGUGUCGGUGAAGGCCAAGUUGAAACAGUUCUUAACACUGAGGUUCAUAGCUGUCAAAAGGUGAUUAAGGAGUUGAACAGUGACACUCAGCUCACAUUCUUGACCGUUAUGAAGAGAAUUAAUACCAGAUUUUUUGCACCUAAGGAUGGUAGCACUCAAGAUUUUACCAAUCCAAAGGCAGGCACAGUUGUAGAUACUGGUGUCACUGGUCCGAAUGCGAUGGAAUUUUUGUUGGUUUCGGUUGAUGUUCGUGACGAGCAAGGAACUGCCACACCAACCAAGUAUCAAACCAUUCUGAAUGAGGCAAACUUGGGUAUGAACUUUUUGCAACAAUUGACGUUCAAGUUGUGUCACGUUUAUUCGAAUUGGUUUGGAACUAUUAGAGUUCCUGCACCAUGUAUGUAUGCACACAAGAUUGCCUACUUGAUUGGUCAGAAUACUCACAGAGAUGACUAUCAACAAGCUCUGAAUGGAAAAUUAUUCUAUUUGUAA